AUGGUUGGUAUUCGAUGUCGAGAUGUGGCACGUGGUGAUCGGGCCACCCGGUUGCCUCAGCUGGGCCCUGAGGCCCAAGUGCGCACUAUCAAGCGGCUACUGGUUCACGAGCACUACAGUAACAUCACGCAGAGGAACGACAUCGCCCUGCUGGAACUGGACCAGCCUGUGCAGUGCAGCUACUCCAUCCAGCUUGCCUGUGUGCCCGACGCCUCGCUGAGAGUGUCAGAGCUGACAGCCUGCUACGCCAGCGGCUGGGGUUCCACGACUGCAAGAUCUGGAGGAUCAACUGAUGUCCUGCAGGAGGCCAAGGUCUGCCUCAUUGAUGUCAACCUCUGUAACAGCAGCGGGUGGUACAGAGGGGCCAUCCACACCCACAACCUGUGUGCUGGCUACGCGCAGGGUGGCAUCGACACCUGCCAGGUAGGAGCGUGCUACGAGUCAAGCCCCAGCAGCACAGGCAGCCCUCUCGCAACCACCCUGCACAUACCCCAGCGCGUGCUUUGCCUGGCAAGUCACCCUCCCACCGCUGGGUCCCCACCGCUGCUGGGGCUCACCUCCCCUUCCCCACCUGCAGCUCCUUGCCCAGUGCCCCCCUUGCCCCAGAGGCCUGCGACUCUGCCCACAAAGCCCAUCCAGUGCUCUUGGCAGCACGCAGCUCCACAUCCCAAUAACAAUGCAGACUACCUCUGGCUCGUUAGAAUCACCAGCUGGGAGAAAGGCUGUUCCAGAGAAUGGCAGAGGGAAGCCCCCGCACCUAUCAUGAGCUUUGAAACUGUCAUUCUUCAAGCCAAUGCUCUCUAG